GGCGAGGAGGGCAACGGCUUCGGCUCUCUGCGUCGCAACUCGAACAAUGGGAUCGAGCAAGGUGCAGCGGUGGCGCUGAAGAUCCACGACGUCCCCGAGGACUCCGAGUACCAGCUUCAACGCAAGAGCGCCAGCCUCUCAGGCGACGUCGGCAUGCUGGGCCGACUCGGAAUGGGGCAGCUCUUCGGGGGCAGCUCGAACCAGGAGCAGGAAGCGUGUAACGGGGCUCAAGCCGGUCAGAAGUACACUGUUCUGGGUCAGAAGCAUCAGUGGAGGAAGAACCGCGCGGGUCGAUCCAGACAACUGCAGACCAUUUCGCCCGUCGACGACGAAGCUCGACCAGUGCGUGUUGAUGGGGACGCGCAGAGCUCCGGGCGUGGCAGCGACAUACCGAGCUCAUACCACGAGAGUCGAGCUUCGCAGGGGGCUACUACAUCGACGGGGUCUUUCAGAGAGGGGGCUACUUCCUCUUCGAUGCAAUCCGACAGCUCUGGGCGAGGCAGCGACUACUCUCAAGGCCGCAGCAGCGGUGAAAGCACCAGCGCAGGGGAAGACAGCCAGCGGUUCGUCGUCACUCGUCAGCGCAAGUCCACGUACUCGGCCAAGCUGCAUCUGCACGGCCAGAAGCCGCUGUAUCUCGGUCGAUACAAGAACGAAGCCGCAGCACUUGCUGCGUGCGAGAGCGCCUACAGCGUCAUUUCGACACCGCGCAAG